UCUCGACAAGAAUAUGGCGUUGAUGUUUACAGCGACUCCAAGCAUCAAGAAAGCUGUGGCUUUGAUCAAUGAUCUUGAGUCGUCCAAGUUUCCAUUACUUCUGUCCAGAAUAACCCAGAAACUACAUCUGAAGGAUGAAAGAACUUUCAGUGAAGAGGAGGAAGAAAAGCUACAGCGAACAUUUGAGUUAUCUGCCCCUGACUUGGAGUUAAUUCUACAAACACUGGAGUUCAUUUUACAACAGGCAGCCUAUCAUUCCGCUAAACCUGCUGUUUUGACUCAACAACUACAGCAGCUGGAAUUGGCCGAAGACAAGGUACAAGCCAUUGUACAAAAAUGGACAGCAAGUGCAAAAGAAACAGUCCAAAAGCUAAGGGAAACAACUCUUGUGCCAAAGCAGUUAGAAGAUGUGAAUUGGCGGUUAAAUCUACAAAUGGCUCAAGCGAACAAAUCAAAGCUGAAAAUCCCAAACGCUUUGUUUGAACUGGGAGUUAAGGACCAAAACACAGAGACCAAAGAAAAAAUAAGACUGGAAUUCACCCAUGAUGAACUUUAUGCAUUUUACAAUCAACUGGAAACUAUACAGAAACAGUUAGAUGGGUUGAGCUGAAGUCAUGCUACAGGCAGUGCUGCAACAUUCCGACAGAGAAAACUGGUGGAGAAGAAGAAAGUGUUUUGAAGAGAAAAAGAGAGAGACUGACAAUAUGUAACUGAUUUGUAUCCGAUAGUGCUUGAUAACAGAUGAAGAGAGCAUGUUAUUAAUAUAUAGAUGUAUAUUCAAAUUGAUAGUAAUAUUAAUAAUAAAGAAUAAUAUGUAAGGAGAGAGAGAGCACACAGAGAGAGAGCACAGAGAGAGAGAGAGAGAGAGAGAGAGAGAGAGAGAGAGAGAGAGAGAGAGAGUGUGUGUGUGUGUGUGUGUGUGUGUGUGUGUGUGUGUGUGUGUGUGUGUGUGUGUGUGUGUGUGUGUGUGUGUGUGCAGAAAGAGAAUGGUGCAACAGAGGGAGGAGAGACAGAAAGAGAGAGAGAAACAACCAAAUGUGUACAUAUACAGUUGUAUAUACAUGUGUUAAUAAAGACAUAAAAUGAUUUAAAAUGUAAUAAAAACAAUUAUUAUGAUAUUAAUUAUACCAUCAUUUAGCAUGUAUUUCAUCAAACGAAAAUAAAAUUGGUCAUUGGAUCGCCCUAAAGUGAUUCAAAUGGCACCAUCCACA